GAAUACAGUAGUUAGGUCUACAAAGAGCUAGUACUCAUGAGCACAAUGCUAACCACUGUGAAAGAGCACUGCUAGCCUAGACCCGUCAGAGAGCUCAGUGGGGCUUGUGAACACCAGAUUGGGAACCCCUGAUGUAUGUAAUAAAGAGUACCUAAGAAUACAGAAGUUAUGAGACCCUCUUGAGACCAAAAGACCUGAGGAGAAGAUGCAUAAAUGCUUGAGAUGGCACUGUACUUUAUUGACACUUCACCAAAAUGUUCCCGGAAGAAUCUCCCCAUUCCUGGCACACAGAACAUUAUCAAGAACUGGCAAGUCACAUAAAGACGAAAAUAACCUUCCAAAUGAAUCCCAAACAGAGAAAACCAACAGCUGGCACCAUAGUGGAAGAAAACAGCCAGGAAAGACCAAAGACGAGACGCAUUCUACUGUACCGCCUCUACCAACCACUUGCUGUAUGUCUGGCUGUGCUAACUGCGUGUGGAUAGACUAUGCGGAAGAACUGUCAAGGUUUUACAGCGAUGGAGGGACAGAGGCCAUUGCUGCCAUAGAGAAAGAGGUUACUGAUCCAAGUUUGAAGGCUUAUAUACUUAUGGAAAUUAGACUCAAGGGAUUAGGUAAAUAAAGAAAAAGUUUUUGAAAUAUUUUGUACAUAAUAUUUGCAUAUGAAAUUUUAGUCCAAGGCAGUUCAGGAUUUUAAUUAAAUAUUUUAUUAUUUAAAUUUAUUUGUAUAUGUGUGAAUAUGAUUGUAUUAUUGUAUAUACUGGAUUCUGAUCACUAAUAAGAUAAUAUAAGAUUUUACUCAGCUUUUAAGAUAUGUAAAAUAUUCAUUAUAUUUUUGUGAGUAUG